GGAAGCGACGUGACGUCGUUACCCUUCCGGGUGGAAGGUCGCGCGGAGCAGCUUCCGGUUUCCAUUUCUUGUCUGGACGGGGCUCGUGAGAGAAAAUGUCACACACCAUCCUGCUGGUGCAGCCCACGAAACGACCAGAGGGCAGGACGUAUGCCGACUAUGAAUCUGUCAAUGAGUGUAUGGAAGGUGUCUGUAAAAUGUUUGAAGAGCAUCUGAAACGGAUGAACCCCAACAGCCCCUCUAUCACAUACGACAUCAGCCAACUCUUUGAUUUCAUUGACGACCUUGCUGACCUGAGCUGUCUCGUUUAUCGAGCAGACACACAGACAUACCAGCCAUACAAUAAGGACUGGCUGAAGGAGAAGAUCUACAUUCUGCUUCGCCGGCAGGCACAGCAGGCGGGGAAAUAACUUUGGCCUGUCUCUUCUUGGCAGGAGAGAGUGGUUCCACCAACUUUUGUUCUUUUUCCUUUGUAGUUCACAAAUGUUCCUCUCCAGGUCUUGGCUGUACCUAAGUGCAUUGAUUCAAGAUCUGAGGUAUUUUUGUAGAAAUAAUUUUGAAUUUUUUUCCCUGCCUCCCCCCAACCCCCCGAACACCAUCCGUUAGCUUUUUUUUAGAAAAAUCAUGCAUUAAGAUAGACCCGUGUUCAAUGCUGUGAAGAGUCUUGUAUGUUCUUAUAGCAUUCAAGAUGCAAGUAAUGUCAUCUGAACCUUUUGAUGCUUUUUUCCUUUGGAAGGACCCUGACAAACUUGCCUGUCACCUGUUCAGACAUCCAGUUUUCUUGCAUGCAGGACAACUCAUCGUUAGUGGUUUUGCAAACACACGUUUUUCUGUGAUAUCGUGUUUAUACAGCAGUGCGAUGCUAAAUGUUAGACGUUUUUCCUACGACACUGAAGCUUCCCUUAGGGGCGUGCUGUGUAUCUGCCAGACGAAGGUCUCCUUAUCCAGUAACCUUUAUUCUUGCUUUCUCUGGUUGUAUUUGUGAUUUUUGCAGAUUAAAGAUGUUUUAAUAUUAAA